AUGCACUGCAGGAUGCCCUUGCUUCUGAAGUGGCUGCACAUCAUUGUAUGCCUAGACAAUGCCCUGGGUGAUUCUACGUAUGAAGGAAACCUCUACUCAAAGAAUAUCAGCAGGAUAUUGGACAACCUGUUGGAUGGCUAUGAUAACAGGCUUCGACCGGGAUUUGGAGGUGCUGUCACUGAAGUGAAAACUGAUAUUUAUGUGACGAGCUUUGGUCCUGUGUCUGAUGUGGAGAUGGAAUACACGAUGGAUGUUUUCUUCCGUCAGACAUGGACUGAUGAGAGGCUAAAGUUCAGGGGCCCAUCUAAGAUUCUAAGUUUGAAUAAUUUGAUGGUCAGCAAAAUCUGGACACCUGAUACUUUUUUUAGGAAUGGAAAAAAAUCCAUAGCUCACAAUAUGACAACGCCAAACAAGCUCUUCCGUAUCAUGCAGAAUGGAACUAUUCUCUACACAAUGAGACUUACCAUCAAUGCUGACUGCCCUAUGAGACUGGUUAACUUUCCUAUGGAUGGGCAUGCUUGUCCACUGAAGUUCGGGAGCUAUGCUUACCCCAAAAGUGAGAUCAUCUAUACAUGGAAAAAGGGCCCUCUUUAUUCUGUAGAAGUUCCUCAAGAAUCCUCGAGCCUCCUACAGUAUGAUCUGAUUGGACAGACUGUGUCUAGUGAGAUAAUAAAAUCCAAUACAGGUGAAUAUGUAAUCAUGACAGUUUAUUUCCAUUUGCAAAGGAAGAUGGGAUAUUUCAUGAUACAGAUAUACACUCCCUGCAUUAUGACAGUCAUUCUAUCUCAGGUGUCUUUCUGGAUUAAUAAGGAGUCUGUGCCUGCUAGAACUGUUUUCGGAAUUACCACUGUUUUAACCAUGACCACUUUAAGUAUCAGUGCUAGACAUUCUUUGCCAAAGGUGUCCUAUGCGACUGCCAUGGAUUGGUUCAUAGCUGUGUGUUUUGCCUUUGUCUUCUCUGCCCUUAUUGAGUUUGCAGCUGUCAAUUAUUUUACCAAUCUUCAGAACCAGAGAGGAAAGCAGAAGGUGUCCAGAACAGUGCUGCCCUCAGUCACAACGAUGCCAGUGGAAGAUGAGAUUGUUUUGUGUCCUCAUUCCAAUUAUAAUUUGAAGAAGCGAGUGAACUCUCUGACUCUGUCAAAACUUCAGUCACCUGAGGUAAAGAAAGUUCUCACCAGAGUACCCAACUCACAGUUGAUGCCUGACAUGCCACUGUCACUACCGCCACCACCGCCACCACCACCACCACCACCACCACCACCAGCCAUUGGUGGCACAAGUAAAAUAGACCAGUAUUCCAGAAUUCUCUUCCCUGUGGCAUUUGCGGGAUUCAACUUGGUAUACUGGAUUGUUUACCUUUCUAAAGAUACUAUGGAAGUGAGUAGUAGCAUUGAAUAGUUGUUAGAAAGAAAUAACCUGUACAGGUAGUAUCUAUAUUUAAUGUAUCAACCAUUUAUAUUGAACAUAGCAUAGGGACUCAAGCUUUUAAAAUUGUAUUAAAUUUGGAAACACAAUGAUAACAUAAAGUAAUUAUGUACUAAGUAAUAUUACUAGCAAAAUGUGAAGGAUGGAAAAAAAUUACCUUUCUAGAGAAAUGCUAUUUUCUGAAAGAUUAGAAUGAUACUUAAGUGUAGAUAUAAGAAAUUUAAAGCAUUUUUUUUUGGUCUAUCAUUGAUGGCUAAUUUUCCUUGUUAAUCACAAGAUAAAGAGUAUGAAAAUGUUAACACCUCCAAAGAUUGCCUUAAAAUGCAUUAGUUUUUGCCCUCUUCCAAAAGAACAAAAUUAUAUAUGCCCUAAAUAUUUAUCAAUAGGUAAAGAUCAGCAUGGAGGUGACCUUUAUAUUGGCUAAGAAUGGCUUUCACUUGCAUUGUGAAAUCAGCAUUCAGCCUGACCAUUAUUUUUUUUAACCUUGCUGUGCUCUUUUACCUCAAUAAAGUAUGAUAUUUGUAUAUCUAUGAAUUAUUCAUUCAAUAUAAAAUAUGUAUGCAUAUGUACAUAGCUUAAGCAUUAUUCAAAAAAUAAUGCAGCUGUAUACUAUUAGAUUGUCCUUAAGAAAAUGUGCUCCACACUAUGCCCUACAAUUAUUGAAGUUGUAGUGAUUAAAAUGAAAUCAUUAAAAUCUUAUAU